AUGACGUCGUCAAUUGCUAGACAUAUCUCCACAGUAUCCCUCAUCUCCACUGCUUCCCUUCCGCGGGAAAGUGGUGUGCUCGCACAGGCGCUCAACCGAUACCGGGAUCAGAUAGAGGCCGCUUGUGACAAAAUCCUCGAGAAAUGCUGCUUGGACAAUAAACCUAGUGGGUGUGUUUUGGGGGACCAUUUGGGGGAACAAGAUUUGGCGGUAUCACAGACACCUCGAGUACUGGAAGACAGGGCUCGCGAGAUACUAACUCAGUACCUCAUCGAACUUCUUUCCUCCCUCAUUCUACCUGAGCCGUUGCCUCAAUCCAUUAGGGAUGUGAAUGCUCGGUUAGAUGAGGGUCAGCUCUGCUUUCCUGAUAAAUUGAUGCCUACCAAGGCCGAGCUGGAGGAGUUUCAUGCACUCGCUGAAAAGGGAAGAAAGGUCCUCUUCGCGUCAUUGGAUUUGCCAGUCGAUAAAAUAUUUGCUGCGCUAAAGGAGCUCACUGGCCGAUUUAACUAUCCCACUUGCAUAUACAUCACUGCGGUAACCGAAAAGGUUAUUAGUAACUUUCUAAAGAUGGUUAUUUACUUUGAAGAACGCGCUCAAUCCGAGCAUGUGAUCAGCGCCGUAACUAUUCAGGUUCGUUUCAUUCCCUCCAUUCUUGUACGAGUUUUGAGUCCAAGAUUUAAUUGUCUCGAACUUGGUAGCCUCGAGCAAAUGAAUCUCAUUUUACGUGUGUUCCGUGAGCCUAUACUUCACUCCUCGGCAUGCGCCUCUCUAGACGUCGGCUCCGAGGAGGCAGCCGUGCGGGAGGUCUUUCGGGAUGCUCUCGAUCUCUACAACAAUUUUCGUCUCCUCCUCGACUACCUUGAGUCUGACUGCGCUGAUGACUUGCCAUUCACCUCAUCCUUCUCCACUUCCCUUCCCCUAGCUAGUCAACAACGGGAGGCUGAUGAUUCUUUUCUCGCAACCUCGGUGACAACAGAGAAUCGUCGUCUCGUUGGCCGCCUUUUGAUUGAGCCCGCUGAAGAAAUUGCUCUGGCGAGUUAUUCGGAUUCUCCAGAUCCACUCGAUAAUAUUUGGAGGCUUUCGGAACGUGCUGAUGUCCUUGAAAGCCUUGCAAAGUCUAGUCGAACCAUUGUACACACCGUCUCUCGCUUAAAAACAACGUCAACUGAUGUGAUGUGUCUCCACUCCCUCUGCUGUCCAUCCUGCCGAAUGUGGGACCAGAAGGAGUACUCCUCUUCCACCACCAAAGAUGCUUCCUCACCUUCAUAUAACUGCAAUGCAGUUAUCAACUGUUUUCGCUAUCUUCUUCCACGUCUUCUCCUUCUUCCUAUUUUCCAAUUCUUCCACUUCUAUCGUCUUGUGCAUGCACUACAUCAACAGGCAUACGAUUCCGAGGAUAGGAAGCUUCUUAUGCUUGUUGUGGAUUAUCUCUUAAGUGCUCGGCUGAAUAUAAAAUGCGUUCUCACUCGAUACCCUGACCUUCAUGUCCAGCUGGCUCGUUUAGUUACAACUGGGCAUCUCGUCACCGCUCAGACGUCCGCUACCUCAAGUAUUAGUGGUCACCAGGUCAUUGGUUCCACCGGAAUUAACUCGCAUCAUCGCAGUUGUUCUGCUUCGCCUGCUACCUCCAUGACUCCACCCAUUCGUCGCGACUCUUCCAUUCAGCAUCAGCACCGCCAUUACCACUGUAACACACCCCCACUUCCACCACAGUCACAUCCGUUGCAGACACCCAUCGUGGCCUUGUCGGCUGUGUUUUGUGCGGGUGGUAGCUGCGCGACCUCCCCUUUGGUCAUGGGGUCGCCUGCUCCCACUGUGUCAGGAACAUCAACAACGACAGUGGUGAUGUCAGAGGAGGAGAUAGAGGAACAUGUUGACUCCAUGAUGUCGGCUCUCAUGGGUGGAGACGUUAGUAGUAUGGUGACAAAAGCCAAAUUGGAGGAGUUGGAACGUCUCACUGGUGGUAAGGAUCGUCUCCUUUUUGCUUCUUCCGCCAGCUCCGCAAUGGGAAAGUUUGUAAUGGAAGGUCGUCUGUGGGUGCGAGACGAAGGAAAGCGAGUUGUCUCCGAACGACAGGCCUACCUCUUUACAAAUUGCCUCCUCCUUUGCAAACGUGUGGAGCGCCGUACAACCCUGGCACCAUCGAUGGCAGCUGUGGCAGGCGCUCAGCCACAGCUACGAGUUAAGCGGCGUCUCCCUCUUGAGGCUGUCCAUGUUAUCGACUGUGUUGCGCCUGUUCGGCCUCGAUCCGAGGCUUUUUCCGGUUCCCAUCCUCAAAACUCCCUUGUGGAAUGCGCCUCACUCCUCUCUGCCAGCACAUCGCUCUCUCGCUGCCCUGUCUCUGAUUCAAGUCAGCGCCUACACUCCACAGUAGAAGAGAUUGAGCAGUGCUCAUUCAGUCUGGAGUUCUUUGGCACUGAUCAGCGUCAGCUUUGCGGCACUUCUGAUGGUGUAGGCGGAGGCGAUGGCAAUUCCGCUGCCUCGGCCCUCAGCGGCGGUCUUGAAGUACCUCAAGGGGUGCAAUUUCACUACCUCCACCUUGAGACAUCCUGUCCCGAAGAGAAGGCCGAUUGGAUGGCCUCACUUUUGAGCAUAACGACAUCACAUGUAUACGAGCGCUAUCUGCGAACUUUGCCUAAACUAGAAAUCCCUUUGAGACUUCCUCCACCUGAUAAAUACAGGUUUGCCCAACCCGACACCCCUGAGGUUAUAGUGUUUGAACCAGCAUCAGGAGGCCAGUCUUCCAGUGCCGCUACUCAUCGUCUGCUCCAACCCUCGUUGUCAAGCCGAAUACGCUCCACGUCUACAACGGCGUCUGCGGACGACAUGUUUGACUCCCUUGAAGAAUUGGAUGACGAAGUAGAAGUUGUCGAUGUAGACUUCUUCCCAACCACCCCUACAGACGAGGAUUCCCUUGGGGGAGUCGAUGAGGACCUUGCCCUUCCAUUACCAGCCUCCACUUCUUCCCGUAUCCACUCGCCGCAUCUAGGUUCCCAAACACUCACUUCAUCGGCGAUCCCCAGUCACUCAUUUCAUCAUCCUACUCUUCAUCGACCCCAAAUUCAGUACGCCACCCUUGAAAAGCUCAUUGAGCGCCUAACCUACCCGGCCUACUUCGACGCUGAAGCUGUCAACGCAUUUUUAAUUUCUUACCGUCGAUUCAUCACCGCUGAAGAGCUGCUCAAUCUUUUGCUGGAACGUUUUAAUGUGCCUUACCCGGAAUUCACUGCAGAAGAGCUUAAAAUGGAGAAUGCUGUGGAGCACAUGAAGCGACGCUUUCGUUCUGGCUAUAAGAGGUGGGUGCAGGCGCGCGUGGUAGCCUUUCUCUUUAGGUGGACGUCCUCACCUCGCUACUUCGCCUAUGACUUUGCGUCCAACGCUGACCUCCGUGCUCGCCUCGCCACCUUUCUCGCUGGCGUGCGUGUACGCAUUCUUCUUCCCAUAGUGCAAGCCAUCGAGCAUAUUCUGAUCAGAGGUGACUCGCUGACUAUGCCAGUCACCUCCACCUCCUCCAUCGAGGUCGCCGUUGCCAUCACUGAACCUAAAGGUCACUACCCACCCCAGCUAAGAGUCCAAGGAAACGGCGAUAACCAACAUUUCGGUCCAACACCUCCUUUAUCUCCCGAUUCUUUCUCGCGAAUCGAUUUACUCCAGAUUCAUCCUCUUGAGUUGGCCGAGCAGGUGACACUUCACGAGUUUGGAUUGUACCGUCGGAUCGAAUUUUGGGAGGUGGAUGGUCGUGAGCACUCCUCACAGGACUCGCCCAACCUUAGUGCAUGUAAAAAUUUCUCGAACAAGUUUCGCGAUUGGUUGGUCCAUUGUAUCCUCGCUGAACGCAACUUUGAGGACCGGGUGGUCGCAAUCCAACGUAUUAUCGAUCUGAUGCUCAUUUUUGAACAUCAACGAAAUCUUCAAGGCCGUCAAGAGUCCAAAGCAGUUCUCCUCUCUGCUGCUGUCUUUCGCCUUAAAAAGGCUUUUGAGGCAGCGAGUCGUGCUCGUCCCUACAAGAAGUGCGUGCAGCAACUACAGAGAGAGGGCCGAGGAGCUGCGCGUCGGGUGACAAAGAUAACUCGUGGAUUGGAAGGUGGGGAGGCGCCAACAUCGGCGGAGAAAACCUCCAUCAACACUGUCUCGCCCUGUCUACCUUACAUUGCUAUGGGUGUCUCGACGCAGCUCAUCCACUUGGAGCUGCACCAACCUGACCGCGUCACUCCCACCGGUGCACCGUUCGACGGCGCCAGCGGGGCCACUGGCACCGGUGGCCUCAUCAACUUUGCCAAGCAGCGUCGACUGGCAGCAAUAGUCGAGCGUUUCCUUCAGCAUCAGCUUGUACCAUACGCCUUCCCUUCAAAACCACAUAUUCAACAAGCUCUUAUCGCCUCCUUGGAAGCCUUUACCCCAGAAGAUAGAGACUUUGAGGCCAGAAUGUACGCUCUCUCUGAGAGCUACGAACCCCGUGAGCCUCCAUCCGAACCUUCUCAGCCCGCUCCUGAAGUGGAGCGGCGUUUGAAUAAGGAAGCGAUUCAGGCGGCUAACUAUUUGGGAGGUCUUUCUUUGAAAGAUAAACUACAGCAAGAACAGGUGGCCACCUACAAAGCCUUCUUUGGCCCACGUCAAAUAAAGACUUCGGGAAAGGUUUCUGCAUCACGUCUCUCGAGUUCUCCCACUCCUUCUCCCUCGAUGCUUUCACCAUCACCGCCUCCUCCACUAUUGGCUCCGGCACCUGCGCCACCACCUCCGCCUUCAACACUCGCAUCGGCGGAGCAGCGUGUGGCGGUGCUCUGGAACACGCGGCUCCGCCAGCACCGAGCUGGUCAACAAGCGCGAUUGACUCUCGCGCAAGGGGCUGCCACACCCUCGCCACGGCCCCUCUCCUCACCCACUGCCGCCUCCUCCACUGGAGCAAUCCACCAUCAUAGUGUUUCGGACGGUCAAAUGGAGAAUCUGAGCAAUGGGCGUCUGCCGACAUGUACUGUUCCAUCUCUUACUUCACCACUUCCUUCUCCGCCACCACCACCUCCUCCACCACCACCAAGGCGACAAAGCAGUAAUGGACCUCCAACCUCGUCGCCCGCCUCAGCAUCGCACAGCCCCAGUCCUCUCUUCCCCUUGACAACGGUUCUUACCUCAACUUUAGUAGGGGAGGGGACAGCAGUGGUUGCAGAUGGUGGACUACCUCCACUGCCGCCGAAACCGGGUCAGCGGACAGCCUCCGUAAUAGUGGGUCUCUCGCCCUCUGCUUCGUCUUCUGCUCCCUCGAGGCAGUUCUUUGACACGCUUCACACGGAGAAUCUGGCCUCUACACCACCCAUCCCCCCACGACGUCACAUUUCCUGA